CGCUGCACAAAUCAUUCCGAUUGCUUCCUGUAUUUCUCCCCUGGUUUCUAAAAGACAAAUUGAAAAUAAUUUCGCCACUGUUUCUCUGUAACUAUUAGCGAAUAUAUCGAUCAUAUGUAUUUCAUCGCCUUGCACAGAAGUUGCUAGCAUGCGAGCUGCAGCUCUUCGCUUAUAAGUACUGGACAGCCUGCUUAGCAACUAAACUGGGCAUCUAUGGACCGAUCAGCCUACAUUCUUAUUCGUGUGUAUGCGGUGUUGAUUCACUAACUUUGGAUGGACAAUCAGACAGUUCUGGCUGUACAGUCACUGCUGGACGGACAGGGAGGAGUCCCGGAUCCCAGCAACCAGAAUGGGGCAGGAAACGCCACUAUACAACCUAUGGAUGACGAGGACGUGUUCCUGUGCGGAAAGUGCAAGAAGCAGUUUAACUCCCUGCCCGCCUUCAUGACCCACAAGAGGGAGCAGUGCCAGUCUAACGGGCCCUCCCUCGCCACCGUUUCCCUGGCCUCCAGCAACGCCUACACCCCCGUGCCCUCCAUAAGCUCCGUGCCACAGACCCCCGCCAACCGACAGCAGGUGUCCACCUACAUCACAGUGCCUCAGUCCCCGCUCACCCACACCCUGGUGCAGGGGAACGUUUUGGUGAGCGACGACGUCCUGAUGUCCGCCAUCUCGGCGUUCACCUCCAUGGACCAGCCCAUGGCCGCAAUGCAGCCCCCCAUUCAGAGCAAUCUGAGCAUGCACACAGGGUCGUCUUACCUGCAGCACCAUCAGCACCCUUCCCACCCGCUUACCCCCAGCCAGACGCAGCCGCUUUCCUCUCAGGUGCAGUCCAGUAACAGCAACUCUGUGGUCCAGGUCUACAGCACACUGCCCCCUAUGGCAGGGGGUGGAAGUACAGAGGUUCAGACACUGGGUUUGCAGCCAUUCCAGCAGGUACAGAUCCCGAGUCAGUGUGUGGACAGUCCGCCCUUCACCACCCCGCCGGUCUACAGCCCGGGAAAGCAGGGCUCCAAGACCAAGACGUGCGGCAUCACGGCCAACCUGGCCGAGCUCGGCGACUUCCACAAAACAGCCCCCCCGAGGCGCGCCAAAAACGACGGCGCAAACGGACAGGAGGUGGGACAAGUAAAAGGGAAAGCCCAAAAGCUGAAGUGCAAUUUUUGCGAAAAAACCUUCACCAAGAACUUUGACCUCCAGCAGCACAUCCGCAGCCACACGGGGGAGAAGCCGUUCCAGUGCAUCGUGUGCGGCCGAGCCUUCGCGCAGAAGUCCAACGUGAAGAAGCACAUGCAGACGCACAAGGUGUGGCCCUCGGGCACCGUCAGGACCGUGUCCCGCCUGCCCAUCACCGUCAAGGUGGUGCCGCUGUGUGCCGAGGACGACGCCGAGCAGCCCAGCGAGGAGGAGGACGACCCAGGGGAGCUGACAGAGAGGGAGGGGGAUCCGCACGCCGAGGGGGAGGGGCAUGGAGACGCAAAGCAACCUGGGAAAGCGAAGAGCAAGCAGAUCAUCCUGAUUGACAGUUCCUACCAGUGCCAGUUCUGUGCUGGGAAGUUCAGCACCUACUUCCAGCUCAAAUCUCACAUGACGCAGCACAAGGACGAGCAGGUGUAUAAGUGUGUGCUGAAGAGCUGCUCGCUCACCUUCCAGAAGCUGGACCUGUUCCUGGAGCACAUCCGCACGCACCAGGAGCAGCUGACCUACCGCUGCCACCUGUGCAGCAAGGUGUUCCCCUCCCUGUUUGAGCUGGGGGUGCACCAGUACUCCCACAGCUUCUGCCCCCAGCAGAGCCCACGCAAGGAGCCCACCUUUCACAGGUGUAUUAAAUGCCAGAGCCGGUACUCCACACAGGAAGCCCUGGAGCAACACCUCCAGACCGCCUCACACAACUUCCCCUGUCCGCACUGCCAGAAGGUCUUCCCCUGCGAACGGUACUUCAGACGGCACCUCCCUACCCACGGCAUCGGCGGGAAGUUUAAGUGCCAGAUCUGCAAGAAGUUCUUCAAGACGGAGCAUUACCUCAAGCUGCAUACUCGCAUACAUUCGGGCGAGAAGCCCUACAAAUGCUCCGUGUGCGAGGCCACCUUCAACCGCAAGGACAAGGUGAAGAGGCACAUGCUGAUCCACGAGCCCUUUAAGAAGUACAAGUGCCCCUUCAGGACACAUGUCGGAUGCACGAAAGAGUUCAACAGACCAGAUAAGCUCAAAGCCCACAUAUUGUCCCAUUCUGGGAUCAAGCCGUACAAGUGCCAGUUCUGCCAGAAGGCUUUCAGCCGCCGCGCCCACAUGCUGGAGCACCAGCGCUCGCACACCGACAACUACCGCUUCCGCUGCCCCACCUGCAACAAGGGCUUCACCCGCCAGAAGUACUACAGGGACCACAAGUGCCCGCAGGCCAGGGGCGGGGACGCCACCGCGCCCGACAGGAGGCCCGGGCGGAGGAGGGGGCCGGAGCAGGGCCGGCGCGGGCCAGCGGGCGGGGCUCCGCCCGUCCAGGACCAGGAGGGGGAGGAGAGCCGGGCGACCGAGAUGGAGGAAGUGCAGGGAGAGGAGGAGGAGGAGGAUGAGGAGGAAGAGGAGGAGGAAGAAGAAGAAGAAUGUAGGGGGGACCCACAGGUAUCGCUGUCGGUCGUCGAGGAGGAGAAGGGGGACGUGCAGGGGGAGGAUGAGGAGCGUGAUGAGGAAGACCCAGAGGGCUCGGAGGACCCGGGUGAGAGUGGACAGCUGCUGACCGUACCGGUGUACAUAGAGACCGUUGACUGAACGCAGAGGCAGAUCCGGGUCCUCCUAACGCUUGGCGGUUUGGCCCCGUCAGAGUCUUACCUCGAACGGGUAGGUACGCUGGCAUCGGACCGCUUCUGCCCCAGUGAAUCCUGGACCGGCUGCAACUGCUACACCAAGGCUGGGGAAAUCCUGUUCCUGGAGGGCAGUUACCCGCUCCUGGUUUUAGUUUCCACCAGUCACUCGUCCAGCUGGCUGAUUACCUGUGCACACCAACGCUGGUCCACUCGUAGACUAUGCCGCCGCAAAAUCUUUUGUAUAGGGCUGCAAAACAGGUUUCAUCAGUCAUUCAUAAGGUUAUUAAUAAAUGUGGCUAAAACGUAAGAUCGGCAAAUCAUUUGGUUAAUUAACCAAUUAGUGAGAAGAAGCUGGUUUGAAAGCAAAAUCUGAUCCAGCUAUGUGAUGUCACUUCCUGUACUUGCAGUCAUUUGAGGUCUUGUGGGGAAGACCCAUUAUACGUCAUUUAACCUACUGACGUACUCUUCUAUGGGGACCGGAUUUGCUGCUCUAAGCAUUAGCUGGGCUUGAAGGCGUGUGUUGGCAAGUCACACGGGCAGAACAGAAACACAAGGUGUUAAUUCCUCUGCUCCGAGUUAAAACAGACUUAAAUUUGGCUUCUUGGACCACAAUGGAUCUAGUUUCCCGUGAGUUUCUGGUAUCAGAAGCAUUUUUGGCCAAUGGGAUCAUACGGUAUGCAAAUGCCCAAAUGUUUUAUAUUAAAACGUUACAACUUGACAACUUCUGUUGACAGCAAUGAGAUUAUUCUGAGAAAAUAUUUAUGAAAUUGCCCCACCCCCCUCUGUAGAAAUUGCAUUUUUUUUCUGUUUACAUCAAUGGUGCACCACUGAUAUAAAACCUUUGUCAAGAACAUUCCAGAUUUAACUGCCAUUAAAAUGUAAUUGUGUCCUGAUGAUGUUGUAUAGUACAAUAUAACUAAAUUAACAGCAUGCAUUUCAAAUGUUUGCAAUAAACACAUUGACCAAG